AUGUGGGGAGGUCAAUUUUGUGAAAUUCCAUUUUGUAAUGGAACUUUAGCAACUGAUUCAAAUGUGUGUAAUUCAUUGGGAGUAUGUGUUGGUCCAAAUCAAUGUAAAUGUCUCUCAGGUUGGGGUGGUAAACUAUGUACAAUACCAUCAUGUAAUGGAAUUCUUGCAUUUGAUGAGAAUGAAGUGUGUAUCGCAAAGAGUAAUGCAUGUAGUGGAAAUGGAAAGUGUAUUGAUCUUAAUCGAUGCAAAUGUGAGAAAGGUUGGACUGGUCCAUUAUGUUCAACACCAACAUGUAAUGGAACAUCGGCUACUGACCUAACUGUAUGUAAUGGUUUUGGAGUGUGUGUUGCACCAGAUAAGUGUAAUUGUUAUAGAGAUUGGGGAGGUGAAUUUUGUACCAUUCCAACAUGUAAUGGAACUUUAGCCACAGAUCCAACAGUAUGUAACUCGAGGGGUAUUUGUAUUGAGAAUGAUGAAUGUAGGUGCAAUUCAUGGGGUGGAAAACUAUGUGCAACACCAACAUGUAAUGGAAUUGUUGCCACAGAUCCAAACGUGUGCAAUUCAAGUGGUGUUUGUGUCGAUUUUGAUAAGUGUGAAUGUUUUUCUGGUUAUGGAGAUGCAUUCUGUGGCACUUUAAGUUGUAAUAGCAUUUUAUCCACUCACAUUAAUGUAGAAGGAGCUGUGUGUAGUGGUCGUGGAUUGUGUUUGGGACCAAAUAAGUGUAUCUGUCAACCGAAUUGGGGUGGUUUCAUGUGUGGCUUUCCAAAAUGUUUCGAUAUUUCAGGAGACAAGAAAGAAGUAUGUUCUGGACAUGGUGAUUGUAUAGCAGUUGAUACAUGUAAAUGUUAUCAGGGUUAUAUGGAUUAUGAUUGUAGUAGUGUUGUUCCUGACAAGAAUUGUGGUGACUCACGUAGAGGUGCCUCUUUUUGGGAUGUUCUUGUGGAAGGUUGGGAUUUAAUUGGUGAUAUGGCAUCUGGUGCAGCAUCUAUAGGUAGUUCAAUUGGUAAUGUUAUUGAAUCCUUAGGAACAGGUUUUAUUGACCUUUUUGGAGGAGUUAUUCCAAACAUUGCAGAUAUUUUCAGCUCCAUUCCAAAAUUAAUGGAGAAAAUUCUGAACUUUUUGAUUAGCACUGCAGAGAAGUUUAUUAACUUUAUUCUCAAUUUGUGGACAACAUUUGUUGAAUUUAUAGAAUGGGCAGUGAUUUAUUUUCCAAAAAUAUUUUCUGGAAUUACGCUUCAACAAGUGGUAACAGUUUUAGUAAUCAUUGGUGUUGCACUACUUUUGAUCAUUAUUAUAGUAUUGUUAUCUUUCCUUAGUCCAUAUAUUACAAUUGCACUUCAAUUUGUCAAAGGUGUUUCGAGUGCAUUAGCAAGUAGUGAAAAAGCUCUUAAGGAGUACAACAUGUAGUUGUUUCAAACAAUCUCAAAAACAAGAUUUUUUUCUCUUGGUCAACCAAAGUUUUCUUUGUCUUGAUUAUUUCAAAAGAGAUAGAGUUUAUUACAUGAGAUAAUAAUACAGUUUGGAAUUAAAAUCAAUAAACAAAUAGCAUAUUUAUUUUUUUUUUGU